UAGGUAGAAAUCCGGGCGGGGCCGCAGGGGCGCAGUCGGCCGCAGCCGUGGCGCCGGGCAGCGCGUCCGCUCCGCUCCCCUCCGCGCCCGCCAUGGCAGCGCUGCCCGGGGCCGCGGCCCCGCGCCUGCUUCUCAUCCCCGGCAAAGCGGCCGAGCCCGCCGGCCGCCCCCUCUCGGUUGUCCUGCCGGCAGGAGCCAGCCCCCCGGGCCUGGAGGCACCGCAGCCGGCCCGCAAGCGGCAGCGGCUCACCCACCUGAGCCCGGAGGAGAAGGCGCUGCGCAGGAAGCUGAAGAACCGCGUGGCGGCCCAGAGCGCCCGCGACAGGAAGAAGGCGCGGAUGGUGGAGCUGGAGCAGCAGGUGGUGGAGCUGGAGGAGGAGAACCAGAAGCUACUGCUGGAGAACCGUCUUCUGCGGGAGAAGACGUGUAACCUCGCCCUGGAGAACCAGGAGCUUCGCUGCCGCCUGGGUUUGGAUGCUCUGAAGACGGAGGAGGAGAGCGAGUCCAAGGUUGUGAAGGAAUCGCAGGUGGAUGAGAUUAGAUUGGUGACCGGGUCCGCUGAGCGCAGCACUCAGACUACGUGUUCCUCUGCAGCAGGUGCAGGCCCAGCAGUCACCAUUUCUGAUAACCUCCACAUGGAUUCUGAUGGCAGUGAUUCUUCAGACUCAGAGUCUGAUCUCCUGUUGGGCUUUCUGGACAGUCUGGACCCAGACAUGUUUCUCAAAUAUGCUGAUUCAGAGUCAACGUGCCUGGAAAAGCUGGAGGAAGAGAUCUGUGGAGAAACAAAUUCCAUACCAACCUCCCCCUCUCCCUCUUUGGGGUCCUCAUCAGCUAAGCUGGAGGCCAUUAAUGAACUCAUAAGGUUUGAUCACGUGUACACAAAGCCCCUAAUACUGGAGAUUCCUGUUAAAAUGGGCGACCAAACCAAUAUGUUAGUGAAAAUUGAGGAAGUAUCUGUCUCUCCAUCCGAAGACAAAGCUACCCCUGAGGUCCCAGUAUCCGUGAAGGAGGAACCUGUUGACAGCUUCAUGCCUGAACUGGGCAUCUCUCAUCUGCUUUCCUCUCAUCGUAGCCUUGCAGCCUCAAGCUAUCUGGAUGCCUGUAGUGACUCUGGAUAUGAAGGAUCCCCGUCACCCUUCAGUGACAUGUCCUCUCCGCUUGACACUGACCACGCGUGGGAGGAUAGCUUUGCCAAUGAACUCUUCCCCCAACUCAUCAGUGUCUAACUCAGUAGUGUUAACUCCCCUGGGAUGACUAUCCUGGCAGGAUAACGGGAUAUGCCCCUUUAGGGGGUGUGUGAGGGGCGAAAUCAAGUGUAUUCAGGAAAGUGUUGCUCAUUUCUACCCAUGCUUGUAGAUGGAGCAAUGGCCAAUGCGUUUCUCCUGGUAUGAAAAAGCCUGAGGUGUCCUGUCCUCCCUGUGCCCCCCUGUCAGUGUUGGCUUAGGAGGGAGGGAAGUUUCUCAGUAACUUGCCAAUUCUACAUGAACCUGAAAAUGUUCAUUUUGUUUUCCAUCUAAAAUAAUUUUAACACCAAAACCUGCAGUGAGAUAUUCAUAUAUAAACAACUGGGUUAAAACUAAGUAGUCUGUAAGUCCUACAGAUUUGCUAUGUAAAUGCUUGUUUUCCAUUUGCUAUGUAGAGUUACUUUCUGCAUUUAAUAUUUAACUGUAUCUGUGCAAUUAAAGUGCAAUGCAGCUCA